CCGACGCGCACGGCCGGGGAUCUUCUUCUGCCCUCCGACUUGCGGAACCCUUCCGGUCUCGUUCUAUUGGGGAAACAAAACCACUUCUGCAUCCCUCCUAAUCCGAUGGAUGAUGCGCCCACAGAGAAGCAGCUGAAGCAGAACAUUUCCCGCAGUGAUCGAAAACCAAAGGAAACCAUGUCGAAGCUCGCACCGUCGCUCAAAGCACUCAUUAACGCGCCCUUUGCGAGACCCGGCCAGACGGCUGCGCCGUCGCAUAUUCGCGACGUCUACCAGGCCAUCGCUCGGGAUGCAGCGUCGAAGAAUGUUGGCGCGAAGCCAUGGCUAGCAAUCUCGGCCGCAGCAACCUUCACACUCAACUCUCCCGAGUCUCUCGAGUCCCUCUACAGUGUCGCAUCCUCCUCCGGCCGCCCCGACAAGCGCGAGACGGCCGAGUUCAUCCGCGAAAUCGGCCUCAAGUGCAUCAGCUUCAACGGCAUCCCCCGCACCAUCAACUGUCUCAACGCCUUCUACGCCAGCCUCCCCAAGGACGUCACGGCGCAACUGGAAACAAAGCCGACGCGAGCACCCAACGCGCAGAACAUUGACGCCAUCACGGCCCGCGGCCAGGGGCUCUGGGACUCAAUUUACGCCCCCUUUGAGGUAAAGCUCUAUGAGAAGCUGGCGCAGUCGCACCCCGAUCUGCCGGUGCACAUCCUUCACAGCCACUACGCGGGCUUGCUGUCGGAGCCCACGGAGCGGGGAGGACUGGCUAGUGUUGGGAGGGUGCUGACAUCCAUGGUGGCUAUUUCCUGUCUGCGGGCACAGACGGGAGUUGGCCCGCAGGUUCUGUCGCACGUUUUUGGGUUGAGGAAGGGACUUGAAGACGGCACGUACAGGGCGGAUAACCAGGAGGAUAUCCAAGGUGCGGAGUGGUUGGCCAGCGAUGAGGGCAGCGAGUGGAUUUUAAAGUCGGUUGAUUCCAUCACGGAGGCGAUUGGUGGAGCUGCGAGGUCAAAUUUUGCUCCGGGUCGCGAGUCCAAGUUGUAG